GAAGUACAAGUACACGUGCGGUUUGUUUACUUCGUAAAGUGUCAACGCUAUAUUGGCUACAUUCAUGAGUGAAUUUAGCGAAGAGAAGUUGAACAGGCUGUCGUCCUUCGAUAGCAGUCGCAAAGGCAGUGUGGAUGCUCAAAUUCUGGGAGUUGUACAGCUCAUAAACUCUUUUCCACAGUACUACACCACAAGCUCGUGUGCUGGACGGACUGUAAUAUUUUCCAAUUCGGAGGCUAACAAUCCGGAGGGUGGCUACUGUAUUCAGAAGAAAGGCUGCAUAUGGCACCAUGUGACACACGAAAAGCUGGACUGUAAUGAGUUGGAGUCCUCUCUAGAAGGCCAUAGUGGAUCUGCCGUUCUCAAGUUUGAACCGUUCAUUCUGCAUGUCAGGUGUUCAACCCUUGAAGAUGCUAGAAAGCUGGUGGCUGUAAGUGUAGCUGCAGGCUGCCGGAACUCUGGCAUAACCCUGAACAGGGCCGGGAAGCUGCUUGUGGCUGUCCGCAGUACACUUUCAAUGGAGGUCCCAUUGUCAAAAAACGGAGAGCUGCUUGUGUCGCACACAUAUUUAUGCUUCUUAGUAGAAGAAGCCAAUACAAAAAUGGAGGAGAACUGGAAGAGACUACGACGGUUCUUUGAAGGCGUCUGCAGUUUAAGUAAGGAAAUCGACGACCAAACUCCGCGUCGAAGACGUCCCAGGGUUUACGAGAAUAAGACUUCUGUUCCUGAUGUGAGAGACAUCCGCGUGGAAUCACCAGCACUGCAAGAAGACUACUCAUCAGAAGUAGCGCAUCUGUUCGUUGUUCGAGACUAAUCAUAAGCCAUAUGUUCCCACAACCGCAGUAGCUGGAGCCAGAGGGGCGUCACCAGGAUAGGCGUCACCCGGUGCGCGAUAGCUCUUUGCGUCACCCCCAAUGAUGGAUCCCUUGCCAUACUAUGUGAUACAGGACAAGUAACCAUAUCGUAUCAAAAGCAGAAGAAAAAAAAAACGGUCUCGUGCUCCCAGAAGGCUCCACACGUUGUUUGUGUGUAUUCCCGCCGCCGAGACAGAAAGGAAGCGUACUGGUGCGCCGCGGCGCCUGGUGCAAACCGCAUUCCUCGCAACCCCCGCCCCCCAUUGAUUCAUCCAGAUGUCCCCUACACCCCCCCUAACACUCCCCUCCCCCAAACCUGGAGGAGACCCCACUAAAAUUUUGUGAUAUUGCGCACUAUUUUGUCAAAAGCAUGUAAAUGCACCCCCUUGCGGAGCCCAAUAACCCCCCUCCCCCAAAAGACAAAAUUCUGGGCAAACCACUGACCCCCCCCCCCCCCCCUUCCUAGUGACGCCUCCGGUUGGAGCACACUGUCAGCUGUUCUUCACUCUGUGGUCCCCGUCUCUCGUUCCAUUUCUGGCACCCCAGCUGACAUUUUCCUAGACAGGGCCUCUAAUUUGUAUACUAGGCACAUGUAAAUAAAGGAGAUUGUGGCUA